AUGGAGGUUUACUUAAGAUUAAAUGACGAUACUGAAAAGGACUAUGCAUUCCAAAUAUCAAGAGAUGAAAAGAUAAAUACAAAAUUAUCUCAAAUAUUCUCCACUGAUAAAAAUAAUGAAAAAGCCUUAGCUAAUACAAUGGUAUUGAGACCUUCAAUCUUCCAUAAUUAUAAACCAGACUAUUUUAAUAAAUCUACUCAUCCAGGUUAUUUAACAGAAGGUGGUUGUCUUAUCUUCGAUUAUGAUGCUGAUUUACCUCAAUACAUUUCCAAAAUUGAUGAAGAGAAACCUUUAUUCGAUCAAUUAUGGCCAGGUCAAUUGAUAUUACCAAAAUGGUCAUAUAACAAAAAAUAUAUUACCAUAUAUUCCAUGAUAAUGUUAUUUUGGUUAUAUACAGAUUUACCUGAUGUAAUUUCUCCAACUCCAGGUAUUUGUGUAACAAAUUUAUUAUCAAGAAUCCUUAUCCCAAUCUUGGAAAAGGGAUUCGAUUCAAUCGAUUUAGCUAAUAAAUUACGUGAAGAAAUUCAACCAAAUUAUUCAUCAUUUUGGGCUCAAUGGUGUUUCUUUAUCUUCCAUAUUUUGAAAAUUGGUUUAAUCACUUUAUUUUUACAAUUAGGUAUAGCUAAUCCAAUCACUUUUAAUCCAAUUACUAUCAUUAAAUUAACUACAGCUGCAUCUCCACAAGAAUUUAUUAAAAAUGAUGAUUUAAAACAUUUAUUACGUUCCAUCGGUUGGAUUGGUUCCAAAAAAGGUGGAUACGAUUCUUAUCAAAGUAAUUUCUAUAGUUAUAUCAUCAAUAAAUUUGGUGGCCCAGUUCAAGCUUAUAGAGCAGGUAUGAUUAAAACAGCUGCAAAACCUGGUAUCCCAUUAAAUAAUGGUGAAGGUUUCCAAACUCCAUUAAAUGAAAGAUUCACCGCAGAUACUUUCAAAACUAUGGAGGAAACUGGGAAAUUUAUCUUAAGUGAAGAAUAUUUCAUUGAAUUGGAAAAUAAUUUAAAAGAAAAUUUGGAUCUCUGUGAAGGUGACGUGGGUAAAAUGAAUGAGGAAAUUAGAAGAUUUAGAAGAUUCGGUCUUUAUGAACCAAAUGAAAAAAUUAAAAAAAUGGUAGCAAAAAGGAAACAAGUAUAUUUGAAUGAUCAAAAAUUAUUAGAAGAAGAAAAGGAACAAAAGAAGGAAGAAAAGAAGAAGACUAAAUAG